AAAUUGUAAAAUACAAGAAAAAAGAUAUUGUUAUUCUUGUUAAAAAAUACAAUCGAUGUUCAUGAAUCUCUGAUGUGAUUACAUCCAUUGGGUUCCUCUUAGCAAGAUUUUUUGGCAGUCACUUAUGUCAGCUGUUAUUCAUCCUACAAACGGAGUGCCAGUCCAGAUUUAUUUAACUCAGCAGGAAAGCGUUUGCACAUAAAACAAACAAGUGUAUGCCUAUAUGUGGCCUUAUAAACAUGUUAAGAUGAUAUAAUCAUAGAAAUAGCGUCUUCAAGCAGUUUCUCAUCCACACUGAAGAGCUAACCGACCGUGAAAGGGACAGUUCUGUCCCAGCUCCUGUUUCGCAGCGCACAGACGUGAUGUGGAGAUGUGGACCCAUGUGCGCAUUUUUCAGUCGCUUUAAUAUUACAUCUCUCCGAAAGAGUUACUCACCGAGCAGCUAUUUGAUCUCACAGUCUGUGGAAUAUUUUGUUCAUUCAGCCCACAAGCUGUGGUGAAUAAAUGAUUGCUGGAAUUUCCCGCAUCAUAAGUUAUUCUUAGUAUUUGUUUCUGCUUCUUCUUAACAACAGCACUGCACAGGAGAAAAUAAGAAAUGUUGGCAGCAGAAUUAAGACACGAGGGAUACCUGAAAAAUAUUGGACAUGAAAUUGAUGGAAUGAGGCUGACCAGAAGGAAUCCUGUUAGAAAAUACUUUUCUACUACACAACAUACAGCAGUCUCCAGACAGAUUGUUCUUCUGGGUCAAACUGGUGUUGGGAAGAGUGCAGCUGGAAACACAAUACUGGGACAGGAAAGGUUCAGAUCUGAGAGGAGUAUGGAUUCAGUAACCCGUGAAUGUUCAGUUGCACAUGCCACUGUUUCAGGCAGAUCAGUGUGUGUAGUCGAUACUCCUGGAUUCUUCGAUUCACAGAUGGAUCCUGGACAGUUAAAGAAAGUAACAGCGAAAAGUGUGCAUUUUUCCAGUCCUAGACCAUACGCUUUUCUCAUUGUGCUCAGAGUUGAUGACAGAUUCACUGAUCAGGAGCAGCAGUUUCUUCAGAAGAUUGAGAUGAUUUUUGGUCAGGAGAUGUUAAAAAACGCCAUCAUUCUCUUCACUCGUGGAGAUCAUUUGGAAGGACAGUCUGUAGAGGAGCUCAUUGAGGAGAACUGUAGAUUAAGAGAUCUAGUAGAUAAGUGUGGAGGAAGAUAUCAUGUCUUCAACAAUAAAGAUCAGAGGAACAGAGAACAGGUGAAUGAUCUACUGCAGAAGAUUGACACAAUGAUAGAGCAAAACAGUGCAGAAAAAGAAAAAGAAAGUAGAAAGUUGUGUUAAACAUUUCCAUCAUUUCCACUGUCUCUUUCUGAAAAGUGUAAUGCAUUCUGAAACUUCCAUUGAAUUUUCUUUCCAACAUGUUCCCGGAAAGCCGAAAAGUCAUAAUGGUAGCACUUUAUUAAAAGUAACAAUGAAUAAAAACCAUCAUGUCAUGGAGAGAUGUAAUAAUAUUACAUAUACCCUGCUCCAGACCAUGUUUUUUACCUGAUGUAGAAUAUGUACAAAACAUUUAUCAUGUGAUGUUCUCUGAGAAGCUGCAAUAAGUCCUUGAGGUAUAUUCUUCUUUAACAUUAACAAACAGAAUGUAUUGUUUGUAAAAAAAAAAAAAAAAAAAAAAAAAAAAAAA